UUCAAAGAAAGGCCGCCUUGUCAGAGUAUUCCUUCUACUUCUAUGCAUAGAGAAGAUCAUCACCAAUCUGGUGCCAUUGACAUGGCCUGCAAAGGUUCUUAGAUAAGUACACAACGAUCACUUGUUCCUGGUUGCUGCGCUCCGCCACUCAUUGAAGUAUGAUUGCAUUAUCAUUUGUAUGUUGCGAUCGUCGCGCGCACUCGUCAUCAAUGUACGUGCACUCAUCAUAUCGUCCACUGAGCUUGCGAGCUCAGGGCUAAACCCUUCAUGCAUUCAUGUGCAACACUCAGGUACACCCCGUCAUCCGCUACUAACCUAUUAUAGAAUGACUACUUGCCACGUAGAAGCACGAAUCAAACUGUAAAGUCACGAGCCACUGCGCAGGGAAUUGCUCGCGGAAGACUUCAGGCUAUCUAUCAAGCUAUCAUGCUAGAUAAAGUCCCAUUCCAAAUUCACAUCAGAUUGCAGCAAUGUUUCGUUCUGACACAGAUCUACUAGAAUCGUUGACCGCUGAGCUCUCUCAGCAGCUGAAGGAUUAUGAAGAUCAAGCCUUGGUCGAGAUGAUACGGCCGAAUCUUACAUCUCAAUUUGUGCAGCAUGCUCCCGAGUUGACCAAAUUCCAUGAAGCCAUCACGCAGAACGAUUCGAUGGAUGAUAGGGAUCUCCUACGCAUCUUUCGAGAAUUUGUCCCUACCACAAACUACGAACCUUACCGGCCGUUCAUAGCAAAGUUUUUUGCGACCCCUUGCAAGGAGGCUGAUGUCAAGAACAUGUUCGCCCCAGGACUUCCCUACUUCUUUGCUAUGUCCAGUAUGACAUCUGGCAAAUCAGUAAAGACAUUUCCAAGAUAUCGGCCUCCCUCGCACUUGCUGCAAAACCCUCUUUAUCUUGCGCUUCCCCCGUCAGAGGGAACCACCUUAUCACCAGCUUCCAUGAGAUAUUCGCAAAUCUUAACAAUAGAUUGCGAAGACGGUCAAUCCAAGCAGGUGACAAUCUGCUCGUUGAGCAUCGGUUUUCUGCGAAUGGCAAUGAACUGGGACGCCGAGCAUGAUAACGAGAGGCUCGACUUAUGGCUGCCGGGACAAACAGAUCCAUAUGCGAUCUCCUUGGUUAAGAGCUAUCGGGCAUUCUUCGUCUUGAAUGCUCUGUUUGCACUGGCAGACCGUCGGGUGACAACCAUCCGGUUCUUCUUCGCCAACGUAUUCGUCAUUUUUCUGCAGUAUAUAGAGGAUGAAUGGUCUCUACUCAUCGACUGCAUCGAGAAAGGCAUCAUCCCAGAUGUGGAAAACCUGGGCCAUUUGCGAGCACCUUUGGAGAAACUGUUUAAGCCAAAUCCUGAUCGUGCUGCUGAACUUCGGGAAAUUGGGCCUCCUGGUAUCCAAGGUUGGGCAGUCUGCGUGUGGCCUCACUUGGAAAGGUUCCUUGGGAUUACUGGAGGUCCGGCUGCUACAGCCGUUUCCAAGCUUGCUCACGUCCUGGGACCUUCCAUCCGCACGCAGGCUACUGGUUAUGGCAGCUCAGAGGGUAGCAUGGCCCUACCAUACCACCAAACCAAUCCUAACACUGACUACAAGGUAAUGUUUGUGGAUGUGUUGACCGAGUUUCUGGACGUGCAUUCCAACGAAUCUCCGGAGCGUGUACUGUCCAUUCAUGAACUUGUAACUGGAGGGCAUUACGAGCCCAUCUUGACGACUCGCAAUGGCUUGUGGAGAUAUCGCAUUGGUGAUGUCGUCACCGUUAAAGGCUUCGCUCCAGAUGAUGGAUUGCCCGUUAUCAGCUACCUUCAUAGGCGAGAAGGUGGAAUUGUGAUGGCAUUCGGAACGACGUGCACCGAGUCCCAAUUGACGACCGCGAUCGUCUCUGCCGCCAAUCGGUGGAUCGGCCAGAUCAUAGAUUUCACGAUUGUAGGCGACGACCGAGACACCCCUAUCACUUAUGGGUAUUUGGUGGAAAUUGGAGGGGAAAUAGGAAAGGAGGCGAGAAUGGCGAUACAACAAACUUUUGAAGAACUCAUGGCGGCAAACGACGAGUUUCGGACCGCUUUCUGGCAAGGCCGGGCGAGAAAGCCGACCAUUCGUCUCUUAGAGAAAGGCACCUUUGCAGGAUAUCGCCAACAGAAGUGUAACAAGACGAACGUCUCGAUAUCGCAGGUGAAGGUACCUGUCGUCCUAUCCGACCCUACAUUUAGAGAAUGGUUCCUGCAACAAGUUGUAAUUGAGCUGUAACAGAGUUUGGUCGAAAUUUGUCCGUUCCUCGCACAAAUGAUUACGUUCGUGCCGAUUCACCCUUACGUCGUUCUAUUGGAUGUCUCGGCAUUAACAUGAACUACUUUCAAUGACAGCUACUCCAACAAAUACUAGAGAUACGGAAAGGGAACCCCUGGAAGACACUAAGAUGUCAGUACCGGAGCAGUGUUCUCACUCACAAAGACUAUAGCUCGACCUGAGCUGGUUUGGGUCGGUCCGGCCGGUAAAUGAACAGAAGACAGUCAAUGUGGCUAGUGCUUACGGCAGAGGCAACCACGUACACUGAGAUACAGAACCGUCAUCUCAUGACUGUUCUAUAUCACAGUGUUGUGGACU